AUGUCUUCCUCUCUCGACCAGCUCAAAGCCACUGGCACUACGGUCGUCUGCGACUCUGGCGACUUUAACACCAUCAAAAAGUACCAGCCGCAAGAUGCCACCACCAACCCUUCCUUGAUUCUCGCUGCCUCUAAGAAGCCCGAUUAUGCACCACUGAUUGACGCCGCCGUUCAGUAUGGCAAGUCUAACGGCAAAACAAUUGAAGAGCAGGUCGACUCAGCUCUCGACCGACUGCUGGUCGAGUUUGGCAAAGAAAUCUUGAAGAUCGUUCCCGGCAAAGUGUCGACUGAAGUCGAUGCCCGAUUCUCGUUCGACACCAAGACUUCAGUUGAAAAGGCUCGCCACAUCAUCGAGCUCUACAAGUCCAUCGGCAUCGACAAGUCCCGCGUUCUGAUUAAAAUCGCCUCCACCUGGGAAGGCAUCAAGGCCGCGGAGAUCUUGCAAAAGGAGGGCAUCAACUGCAACUUGACCCUCAUGUUCUCCCUCGUCCAAGCCAUUGCUGCUGCCGAGGCCGGUGCUUUCCUGAUCUCCCCCUUCGUCGGGCGUAUCCUCGAUUGGUACAAGGCAGCCAUGAAGAAGGACUUCUCUGCCACGGAAGACCCUGGUGUGCAGAGUGUGCAGAGCAUCUUCAACUACUACAAGAAGCAUGGGUACAAUACCAUCGUCAUGGGAGCCUCCUUCCGAAACAUCGGUGAGAUCACCGAACUCGCUGGCUGCGACUAUCUCACCAUCUCCCCCAACUUGCUGGAGGACCUCUACAACUCGACCGACAAGGUCGAACAGAAACUCAAUGCCGCUGCUGCCGCCAAGCUGGACAUUCCCAAGAAAACCUACAUCAACGACGAGGCCACUUUCCGCUUCGACUUCAACGAGGAGCAAAUGGCUGUUGAGAAGCUCCGAGAAGGUAUCAGCAAGUUUGCUGCCGAUGCCGUCACAUUGAAGGGCAUUCUCCGAGAGAAAAUCGAGAAGGCUUAA